GGCGUCCCAUCCCAUUGCGCACCCUUACAGAAUAGUAUUGGAGGAAAAGUUGAAUAAUGACUAAUAACAAGAUGUACAUAGGGUUCGUCUCUGGUGAUUAGGGAGGGCUGUAUUUGAGAGUUCAGGAUGACAGGGAGCCGUUCUCAUUGGAUGCAAAAGGAUGAAGACUUUGAUCCCACUGGCAUUUCCAGAGGGGGGAUAAGACCAGGCUUACCCACCUAGGUCCCAGAUGAAGAGACCACGGCCCUGGGGGGACAUGGACCCCCUCAGCAGUUACACCGAGGAGGAGGCCAGUGAUCAGGAUCAGUCCUCUUCUCCAAAGUCGUCCUGGUCCCUGACGGACACUAUGAACUACGUGGGUCAGCUGGCGGGCCAGGUGCUUGUGACGGUGAAGGAGCUGUACAAGGGCAUCAACCAGGCCACGCUGUCGGGCUGCAUCGACGUGGUGGUGGUGCGGCAGAGGGACGGCACCUACCAGUGCUCCCCCUUCCAUGUGCGCUUCGGCAAGCUGGGAGUGCUGCGCUCCAAGGAGAAAGUGAUCGACAUUGAAGUGAAUGGAGAGCCUGUCGUCCUGCACAUGAAGCUAGGGGACAAUGGAGAGGCCUUCUUUGUCCAAGAGACCGAGCUGCAGAACGAGAUCGUCCCAGCCCACCUGGCCACCUCCCCUAUCCCCACAGAAGGUCACCUGUUCUGGAUGGCCGAGGUGGAGCGCGGGGGUGGCGUGGCACAGGACCUGGACGACCCGGCCGACCUCGAGGACCCCCACGACCCCCCCAGCGCCAUCGCCGUGGUCAAGAAGAAGAAGAGGCGGAGGAAGAAGCACAAAGGAGACCCUCGCCGAGAGGAGAUGACCCCUCCUGUGGCCCUCACUACCGCUGCUGCUGCUACCGCUGCUGCUACUGCUGCCGCUGCUGCUACCGCUGCUGCUACCGCUGCUGCUGCCACAGAGGAGAUCUUCGAGAUGGAUCUGAGCUCGGACGAGGAGGCGGCGGGGCACGCUUCUCGGUGGGAGUGCCAGAGGUCGUCGUCCAUGAGCACAAUGCGGGACAUGGACCCCAAACUCCCAGCUGCCAGGCACAGUAUGGACAGCUACCCCUUCUCUGACGGGGACUGGUCCCUCUCAGACAGUCAUGGCCUGUCUCAGGCCUUCUCCCCCAAGAGUGACUCGGAGCUGAUGGUGCGUCCCUCGGAGAGCAUGCUCCGUGCCGAGUCACACAUGCAGUGGACCUGGGGAGAGUUCCCAGAAUCCACCAGGGUAAGCAAGAAGGACAGACAGGAGCUGCCGAAGACGGUGACCAUCACCCCGUCUGAGAACACUCACUUCCGCGUCAUCCUGAGCACGGAGGCCAUGGAGAACGAGACGGAGACGGAGGGAGAGUCGGGGCCCCAGGAGGAGGACUCUGGCCCCGUGUGUCCAAUCGUCAAACCCCAACCCCGUACCCCCGUAGCCACCACAGCUAUCCCCAUCACCUCAGCCCUGACCCCCGCCACCUCAGACCGGACCCCUGCCACCUCAGCCCCGACUUCUGUGACCUCAGCCCUGACCCCAGCCACCUCAGCCCUGACCUCUGCCCUGAACGAAGCCACCUCGGCCAUGACCCCUGUGACCUCAGCCCUGACCCCUCUCACCUCGGCCCUGACCCCUCUCACCUCAGCCCUGACCCCUCUCACCUCUGCCCUGCCCCCCCUCACCCCAACCCUGACGCCCUCGGAGCCUCAGGAGAUCCCGCCCUCCGGCGUCUCCACGUCUGCCGACAGCCGAGCCGGCGGCGCCCAGAUGGCGGGGGACAUGGGCGACGCCUGCUCCAAGAGCGACUCGCCCUCCAAGAAGAAAGGGGUCCCCAAGAGAAGCCAGCACCAGGGCCCAGAGGAUAUCUACCUGGACGACUUGAAUGUACUCGAACCUGAAGUUGUUGCACGUUACUUUCCCAAGAGUGAGGAGGCAGCAGGGAAGCACUGGCUGGACUCUGACCAGCGCUCCGGCUCCCAGUCCCCCCAGUCUGUGGGCAGCGCAGCGGCCGACAGCGGCACCGAGUGUCUGUCGGACUCGGCCAGCGACCUCCCCGACGUCACGCUGUCCCUGUGCGGAGGCCUCAGCGACAACGCCGAAAUAUCCAAAGAAAAGUUCAUGGAGCAUAUUAUCACGUAUCAUGAGUUUGCAGAGAACCCAGCAAUCAUAGAUAACCCCAACCUGGUAGUGAAAAUAGCUAAUAGGUACUACAACUGGACACUAGCCGCACCUUUGAUUUUAAGUCUGCAGGCUUUUCAGAAGAAUUUACCAAAGGCUACAGAGGAGGCCUGGGUGAAGGAGAAGAUGCCAAAGAAGUCGGGCCGAUGGUGGUUCUGGCGCAAGAGGGCAGACAGCACAAUCAAGCAGUCGGAGACCAAGCUGGAGACCAAGGAGUCUCAGGAGGAGGAGGGACGGUCCUCCCUGUCUCAGGAGAGCCUGGCCUUGACGCCCAAGGCUGGUGACUCCUCCAGUGACGAGGAUGCUAAGGAGGUGAGCGCUGCGUCCUGCCAGGAGAGGCCCCCAGGGUCAGAGACUCACCCCUGCCCUCACACCUACAGGAAAUCACUACGCCUCUCCUCCAAUCAGAUAGCCAGUCUGAAUCUGAAGGAGGGCCCUAACGAUGUGACCUUCAGCAUCACCACCCAGUACCAGGGCACCUGCCGCUGCGAGGGCACCAUCUACCUGUGGAACUGGGACGACAAGGUUAUCAUCUCCGACAUCGACGGCACCAUCACCAAGUCAGAUGUGUUUGGGCAGAUCUUGCCACAGCUGGGGAAAGACUGGACCCACCAGGGGAUUGCCAAACUGUACCACUCAGUAGCAGAGAAUGGCUACAAGUUCCUGUACUGCUCGGCGCGUGCCAUCGGCAUGGCUGACAUGACCAGAGGCUACCUGCAGUGGGUCAACGACGAGGGAACCAUCCUCCCCCGUGGGCCUCUCAUGCUCUCCCCCAGCAGCCUGUUCUCUGCCUUCCACAGAGAAGUGAUUGAGAAGAAACCGGAGAUCUUCAAGAUCGAAUGCCUCACAGACAUCAAGAACUUGUUCCAGUACAACAAGCGGCCCUUCUACGCCGCCUUCGGGAACCGAACCAAUGAUGUGUUUGCCUAUAAGGAAGUGGGGGUCCCGGUCUGCCGUAUCUUCACCGUCAACCCCAAGGGAGAGCUCAUCCAGGAGCAGACCAAGGGCAACAAGUCCUCGUACGGCAGGCUGAGUGAGCUGGUGGAACACGUGUUCCCCCUGCUGAGUAAAGAACAGACCGAGGCCUUUGAUAUGCCCGAGUACAGCUCCUUCUGCUACUGGAGACAGCCCAUCCCUGACAUCAGCCUUGACGACCUGCUCUGACCACCACACACACACACACACACACACACACACACUCAAAACCGGUGAGGAGCCUCUGUGAGACUACUGCAUGAAAUGGACCGGUCACAGGAGAGAGACCAAAUCACAGCUGCGAUCGUUUCUAUGCUGUCACACACACACACAAGGACACAGUCACCCUGCCCAGGUAACCCAGAGUGCGUGGGACAGAAGCAAUGCUGUGACCCUGCUUCUCCUCCUCGCUGUCUGCUGCGGCCCGUCUGGGAUGGUGAGGAGGAGGGACCCGCUCAGGACUGGAGAGUUCCACAGCAGCUCCACACACCGACUCACCAGGAGACUUCUGCACUUACCCAAACCACCCCUGAACACAUGUCCUUUACCUGUUCUGAAGCACGGGUCACAGUGUGAGAUUCCAGCCCCAGUCAGUGAUGGGGAAGCCCUGGCUGCUAUUGGUGGAACUGCUUGUUUCCUCUCUGGAGGGAAGAGUGAGUCAGAGGUUGGAACUGAAGCUGCUAUGUCCAAGAGUGGUUACUAACAACACCACUCCAGCCCUCAUGUGACUUCCUGUUCCUCAAUCUGAGGCAGAUAUGGUCUGAGUUGUUUUGUUUUUGAGGGGGGGGGGGGUAUUUAAAGUUAUGUUUGAGAUUCUGUAAGCUCAGUUAGUGUUUAACGGCAUGUGUGUUUGAACACACAGUAAAGUAUGUUUUAACAAUGGCUCAAUAGUGUUUAGUGCUAGCUGUUUUGUCAUUAAGCAUUUAGGCUGAUAUACAUUCUCUGGAGAGUGUUUUUGUUAACCAAUGCAGUAAUUACUACUAAACUAUUUAUCAUAAUUGAUAUAUUUGGGUUAAGUUAUUGAUUUUUCGGAUGCACUGCUUUUGGUUGUUUGAGAAGAAGGGAUGUAUGGUGCCGUGUUGAAAGAGCAGGGAUGGGAGCUACUCUUCGUGUGUCCGCUGGGUCUGAAAACAGCCUCCUGUUAACAGCUAGUCUGUCUCCAGGGGAACUGGACUGAUCCGUAUGCUCUGAUCGGGACUGAGUCCCUCCCCACCGUCAGACACGGGGCCAGUCAGGCUGUGAGGGGGAGGCCGGCUCACCAAGGACAGAGUCCUGGUCUGGGGGUGACGGCCGGGUCCCACUGGUGCUUCCACAUGCCUUACCCAGCGCACUUUCAGCUGCACCUCCCCCCACCCUCCCUGCCCCGCCCCACCCUGCCCCGCCCCAGAGACAGGAGCAGGAACCCUCCUCUCUCACCUCACCACUCUCUCCUACGAGAAGUAGACUUUAAACCAGAGAAGUGUGCAAUCGAUGCAAGACCGGAAUAAGUCCUUUUGUUGGCUGCUAAAGCGAAGUCUUUUUAGCGAAUAUUGCCACCUGCUCAGUAUAUUCCUAAAGGUAUAUGUGGGAUUAUACGGCGUUAAUUGAAUAUGUUGGGAUUCUUGACGGUCCAAGAAGGUCCUACUUUCCCAGGAGAGUUUGGCCCACAGGCGUUUGUCCUGGUGAAGGAGAUGGGCUGCUUGAUGCUGCGGUGGGGUGUUGAAGACCCGGACCCAUCCACUGGCUUCAUCCCCACCUCAGGUGUGCUGCACUAGGAUAAAGGUGACUUGAAUUUUCUCCUGACGUGCCAACUCAGUAAGGCACACAGCAGGUGUAGCUAAUACUGUUCCAGUGCAUGCUGCGGAGCCUGCCUGCCUGCAGGUGGUAGAGGAGACUGGCCAUGUGCUGACAGUCUCUAUCAACAGGAAGUAGUCGUGUGUGUGUGUAUCGGAAAUAAUUUUGGUUCUUUAAUGACAUCCUCUGUUUUUCUAAGUUUGUUAUGUAACCACAGGCCGGGGUAAAAUGAUGAGCAGAUAUGCUUCCCUGGUAAAUCGCUUGUAACAAAAGUUCAGUAGUAACCUAUUAGUCUGUGCCAGUUAGUUUUGACUUAGUUUGGUGUACCGCUAACCACAUAGGAUCACGUUGGUGUGAGACCUUAUCGAUAGAUACCAUUCCUUGAAAAAGCACAAGAUUUAUCUAUGAUGGCAAGUAGUAUUCAUCCAGAUAUAUCAGUGAUAAAGGCCCCGUUAUUUGAAGAUGAAGGAGUGAAGGAAAAAUGGGCAUUCCUACCCAUCAUUCAGGCUGACUGUUAAGGAUGUUUGAGUUUUGUUUCGAUUUUCUUUUUCGCGUGUCUGUGUUUCAUGAAGUGCGUACAUGAAGUCGACCUAUCUAAUAAUUAACAAAGCAAUUCCAUUCUUUCUAUGAAAGUAAGAAUCGUGUGUGGGUAGAACUCACCCAUGUUAUAUGAACCUGAGAUUCAUACUAGAUAGGAUAUUUAUGGGCUCUGCAUAACACUUCUGAGGAAAGACACUGAAGUCACUUCUUGUUUUUGUCUUUUUGUGUUUCAUAUAGCUUUUAUUUUUUAUUCACAAUGCAUUUGUUUGGUUGAGUUAUGUUUGAAAGUAAAGCUUGCUGUUUUAUUACGUCUUAAAACAACUUAAAAUGUAUAUUUGUUGUAUUGAUUUGUAUGAAAAUGUGGUUUGGAAUAUGUCAGCAAAGCUAAAUCUAUUGUAAAAAAUAUGAAGCCAAGGAAGUGUGGCUUGUGGUUAUGUUUGUGUUUAAUAAAAGUUUAUAAUUGAAUGCA